AUGGACAACUUGGUGGUCUUCAGCUUGAUCAUGACGACGUAUCGCGUGCCAGCGUGCCUGACACGCAAGGCCUUGUUCGUGGGUAUCGUGGGAUGCGUUGCCAUGCGGCUGGGAUUCUUUCUGGUCCUGGAAGACAUCCUGAAGCACGAAAAGAUCCUCCAGAUUUGCAUGGGGAUCGUGCUGAUGGCGAGUGGUGGACAUGCCAUGUUCGAGGAUGAGAACGAAGGUGAUGUCGUGGAUACCUAUGUGGUGCGAGCGACCAAGGCCUGCCUUGGACGUCGACUUGAGGAGCGCUACGACACUGAGACCUGCAGGCUGUUUGUCUAUCGAGACGGGAAAUAUCGAGCGACCCUGUUAGUCUUCGUGAUUUUGCUGCUGGAAAUCACCGACUUGAUGUUUGCCCUGGACAGCGUCAGCGCCAAGAUCGCCGCGGUGCCCAACCAGUUCAUCGCCUAUAGCUCCACGGUGAUGGCGGUCUUCUCCUUGCGCGCAGCCUUCUUCAUCGUGCACGACCUCGUGCAGCAGAUCGAGGUCUCUUUCCCGCAGCCCGCAGUCGCUGCGUGUUUUGAUAAGACAGCGCACCACCAGCUCACCAAUUCGCAGCAAUCUUUGUUUCAGAGAAAUGCUUAG